ACCUGCAAGACAACACAAGGGUUAACUCACUCUUCUGUCCAGGAUGUUUCUGGAAGCAGGGAAGCACGUCUGUGUGGAGUAUCCCAUGGCCCUGUCUUACCAGGCUGCUGCUCAACUGUGGGACUUAGCCCAGAAAAAAGGGGUGGUUCUACACGAGGAGCACAUUGAGCUGCUGACAGAAGAUUACAAACAGCUGAAGAAAGAAGUAGAAGGGAAAACCCUGUUGGAAGGUUCUCUUCACUUUGCUGGUGGAGCACUGAAGCCUGGAUUUGGUUUUCCUGCAUUCAGUGGAAUUGCUCGCCUUUCCUGGCUGGUUGAUUUGUUUGGGGAGCUUUCAGUAAGAGCGGCAACUUUUGAAGAAGACGCCAAACAAGGCUACAGCAAGAUGACAGCACAGCUGCUAACGUCUGACAGCAAGUUAGAUAUUAUCUUUUUUCUUACUGCAUUUUUGACAACAGAUCCUUUAACAUAAUGAUAACGUUUCCUGACUAAUUUGGACAUCAGAAGACAGUUUUGAGUAAAUUGGGUUGGCAGAAGCCUAGUGUUCUACUGCUUCUAUAGUUCCACUUCAUUUUCUUGCAAUAUCAACUGUAUAUAGAAAUUGCACUAUAAAUGUCCACUCCAUGGCAAAAAUAAGUUGCUUUUGGUGGGUUUUAGCUUACUGGCUAAAAUUCCCCUGGCCAAAGAAUGUCCAGUGUGUUUAAAAGCAACAGAAAAGGUAAUUUUCUAUGUUGGUGAAUCAGUUAUGCAGACCAUGUGCUGACCUCAGCAUUUGCAGCAUUAGUGGUGAGGUAUGCAGUAGUUCCACAGAUCCCAACAGGAAAUAUGUUUUUUUUAACAGAAUAAAUCAACUAGUGAGACUUUUUGUAACAACCUGGUUAAACAUUUUUGCUUUAAGUGUUUAAUUAUUACCAUAUAGGACUGCCUUUUUUAUAGGCCUGUGAUUUUAUCAGAAAUUUUAACUUUACUGAAAAUUUCAAGUAAUGUAACAAUAUAAAUCAGUGUUUCUGAACCUUUUUUGGCCCAGCACCCCCCUACCCUUUAUUCAGGUCCCUCACCGCCACCCACCAAAGAAUUGGCAGGCUACUUUGCCUGCCAAUUAGCCUGC